AUGGCUGACCCGCUCAGCAUUGCUGGCUCGGUUGGUGGCCUGUUGGCUAUCGCAGUCAAAGUUUGCAAUACCACUGCGAGUUUUGUCUCAAGCACCAUCGACGCUCCCGAGUCGGCAAUGCAGAUGUUUCAACUUGUCGACGAGAUGAGGAUGACUCUGUUUUCGGUCGACAAGAAAAUUGGCUCUCUCUCGACCUUGCCCAGCUCCCGCAAAAACAUGAUUCAACUCGACCACCUUUCCAUCGUCAUAACCCACUCGGUUCUGACUCUUUCCAAAUUGGAAUCCAUUAUCUGCCAACAGGAUGGAUUGCGUUCUAGAAUCCGAUGGGCACUAUGGCAUGAAAAGAAGGUUAUCAGCCUCCUUCCGCGGCUGGAGUCUCAGAAAUCAACGCUGGCGUUGAUGAUGACGGUCCUGAACAGACAGCGCUUCAUCAAGAACGAGCCGGCCCGUGUCUACACAAACUACUACCUACGGUCCUAUCACUUCCGCGUCGGCCACCUUUCAGAGACCAAAUUCCAUGGCAGGAUCGAUGCUUAUGACGCUGUCGAAACGGAACUUUGA